ACUUAGACAGCUGUCAGGGAGGCUCCGCCCACCAGAGGCAGAUUAGAGAGACCGCUUUAUGGGUGAUGAUAGAGCGGCCCUCAGAGAGACAGCACCACGGCUGUCACUGCAAGAUAAGGGACGUCUAGAUGAGAGAGACUGCGGACAGUAUAGAGGCAUCCAACGUCAAAGAGACAGCCUUGAGCCAUCUAGUAUCAUAGAGACAUCCAUUAUCAUAGAGACAUACAGCUUCAGAGAGGCAUCUAGCAUCAUAGAGACAGCCUAGAGACAUCCAGCAUCAUAGAGACAGCCUAGAGACAUCCAGCAUCAUAGAGAAUAAGCCUAGAGACAUCCAGCAUCAUAGAGACAGCCUGGAGACAUCCAGCAUCAUAGAGACAUCCUAAAUCAUAUAGACCGAGCCUAGAGACAUCCAGCAUCGUAGAGACAGCCUGGAGACAUCCAGCAUCAUAGAGACUAAGCCUAGAGACAUCCAGCAUCAUAGAGACCGAGCCUAGAGACAUUCCGCAUCGUAGAGACAGCCUGGAGACAUUCAGCAUUGUAGAGACAGCCUGUAGACCUCUAGCAUCGUAGAGACAGCCUGUAGACCUCUAGCAUCGUAGAGACAGCCUGUAGACCUCUAGCAUCGUAGAGACAGCCUGGAGACCUCUAGCAUCGUAGAGACAGCCUGGAGACCUCUAGCAUCGUAGAGACAGCCUGGAGACCUCUAGCAUCGUAGAGACAGCCUGUAGACCUCUAGCAUCGUAGAGACAGCCUGUAGACCUCUAGCAUCGUAGAGACAGCCUGGAGACCUCUAGCAUCGUAGAGACAGCCUGUAGACCUCUAGCAUCGUAGAGACAGCCUGUAGACCUCUAGCAUCGUAGAGACAGCCUGUAGACCUCUAGCAUCGUAGAGACAGCCUGUAGACCUCUUGCAUCGUAGGGGAGCCUGUAGACCUCUUGCAUCGUAGAGACAGCCUGUAGACCUCUUGCAUCGUAGAGACAGCCUGGAGACAUCCAGCAUCGUAGAGACAGCCUAGAAACAUCUAGCAUCAUAGAGACAGCCUGGAGACAUCCAGCAUCAUAGAGACAGCCUAGAGACAUCUAGCAUCGUAGAGACAGCCUGGAGACAUCUGGCAUCGUAGAGACAGCCUGGAGACAUCCGGCAUCGUAGAGACAGCCUGGAGACAUCCGGCAUCGUAGAGACAGCCUGGAGACAUCCGGCAUCGUAGAGACAGCCUGGAGACAUCCGGCAUCGUAGAGACAGCCUGGAGACAUCUGGCAUCGUAGAGACAUCCAGCAUCAUGGAGACAGCCUGGAGACAUCCAGCAUUGUAGAGACAGUCUGGAGAAACCACACAUUAGGAAGACAUCCAGCAUCUGAGGAACAUCCAUCAUCAAAGAGACUCAGCCUGGGACGUCCUCCUCCAGAAGAUUUCCUCCAAUCCUCAUAGGCAGCUUGGAAGAGAAGAGACCGUCUAAUGAGACAGUCAGCAGUCUGGUCCUUAGGAUCACGAUGUCUGAAGGAAUAAUGAGCAAAGCGGCCACCAUGGAGAUCCCCAUCAGCAGUAACGGGGUGUCGAGGACAAUCAAUGAGGACGAGAGUCUGGAGCAGGAUCUGCAGCAAGUCAUGGUAUCGGGCCCCAACCUAAACGAGACGAGCAUCGUGUCUGGAGGUUACGGAGGAACCACAGAAGGAAUCAUUCCCACAAGCAGCUUAAAAGGGCCUGCGGUGAAGUUUAACCCCAACUACCUCGGCCUGCGGUUCCUGAGUACAGAGGGACAAGGAUCCAUGUCUCAGCCAUCCUCGCACCCUUCACUCACGUCUGAGGAGAUGUCUCGAGGUUUAGCUGUGGAAAAGUUAGACAUGAUGAAGAAGUGGGGAAUCAACACAUAUAAAUGCACCAAACAGUUAAUCUCAGAGCGCUUUGGCCGGGGGUCUCGUACGGUGGACUUGGAGUUGGAGACCCAAAUUGAGCUUCUCAGAGACACUAAGCGAAAGUAUGAAGGGGUCCUGCAGCUGGCCAGAGCCCUGACCGCCCAUUUCUACAACUUGGUGCAGACACAGAGGGCCCUGGGUGACGCCUUCUCUGACCUGAGCCAAAAAUCACCAGAAUUACAGGAGGAGUUUGGCUACAAUGCCGAGACCCAGAAGCUUCUGUGUAAGAAUGGAGAGACCCUGCUGGGAGCCGUCAACUUCUUUGUGUCCAGUAUCAACACCCUGAUCAACAAAACCAUGGAGGACACGCUAAUGACAGUGAAGCAGUACGAGACGGCGAGGUUGGAGUACGAUGCGUAUCGGGCUGAUUUGGAGGAGCUGAGUCUGGGACCACGAGAUGCCGCCACUCUCUGCCGCAUCGAGGUCGCACAGCAAAACUUCCAGGCGCAUCGAAGCAAAUAUGAGAAACUGCGAGGAGAUGUAACUAUCAAGCUGCGCUUCUUACAAGAAAACAAGGUGAAGGUCAUGCACAAGCAGCUUCUCCUCUUCCAUAACGCCAUCUCCUCAUACUUUGCUGGGAAUCAACAGCAGCUGGAAGCUUCACUGCAACAAUUCAACAUCAAGCUAAGCAGCGCAGCCAGCGACAAACCCUCCUGGCUGGAGGAGCAGUGAC